AUGAAAAAAACACCGGAAAAGAAAGAGGAACAUGAGGUAGCGUCGGUAAAAUACUAUUAGCAACAAGUGUAGACAUAUUACACAGCCUACGAUCACUGCUAGAUAGUCUGGGUGAGACUUUACAUACUUUCAAUUGGAGUUUGUUAACAUGCCAGUCCUCUGUAGCAGUUGUGCUGAGAAGCGUGCAGUGCUGAAACGUCCAAAAACGGCCCAUUCCCUGUGCAAAGAAUGCUUCUUCUGGGCCUUUGAGGAGGAGGUGCAUCAGACAAUAGUCUCAGCGCAGCUCUUCAAACAUGGAGAAACUGUGGGCAUUGGUGCCUCGGGUGGGAAGGACUCCACUGUGCUGGCACAUGUCAUGAAAGUCCUAAAUGAGCGCUAUAACUACGGCCUGAAACUACUGCUACUGUCAGUGGAUGAGGGCAUCACAGGUUACCGUGACGACUCCUUGGAGACGGUGAAGAGGAACCAGCAGCAGUAUGAGCUGCCUCUGAAGAUUGUAUCCUAUGAGGAGCUGUAUGGCUGGACCAUGGAUGCCAUAGUGAAGCAGGUUGGACUGAAGAACAAUUGCACUUUCUGUGGAGUGUUCAGAAGGCAGGCGCUGGACAGGGGAGCCAUGAUGCUGAAGGUUGAUAAGAUAUGUACAGGUCACAACGCUGACGAUGUGGCAGAGACAGUUCUGAUGAAUGUCCUCCGAGGAGACAUCGCCCGUCUGCGUCGCUGCACUGCUAUCAGCACAUCCAGUGAGGGCGAGGGGGUGGUGCCACGCUGCAAGCCCCUCAAAUACGCUUACGAGAAGGAGAUUGUCCUCUACGCCUACUUCAAGAAGCUGGACUACUUCUCCACAGAGUGCAUCUACUCCCCCAACGCUUACAGAGGCCACGCCCGCACCUUCCUGAAAGACCUGGAGGCUGUGCGGCCCAGCGCCAUCAUGGACGUCAUCCACUCUGGGGAGAACCUGUCAGUGAGGGAGGGCGUGAAGAUGCCCGUUCAGGGGACCUGCGGCCGCUGUGGCUACAUCUCCAGCCAGGCGCUGUGUAAGUCCUGUGUGCUGCUGGAGGGCCUGAACCGCGGCCUGCCCAGACUAGGAAUCGGAAAGCACCACCGUCUCCACGAGAAGAUCCUCUCACAGCAGCCUCUGACCCAGGAAGAGGAGCGGAAGCUCAAGGCUGUGGACUUCUGAGAGGUGAAUAGGCAGAACAUCUCAGGAUCACUACCACUGUUUCUGUUAAGUGACACUUUGAAAUGAGUGACCCAAGAUGAGUCAACCAGAUGUUGAGUUGUUUUAAAGGUUCAGCUUUGAGUUGAAGUAGGGAUGUUACAUUGCCUCUAAUGAAAGAGUGGCCAGCGUUUUCCCUUGUCAGCCACUCAAAUCAAAGUUAUUGGUCGUGUACACAGAUAUCCACACCUUGCUAUUGGAUUUCAACAUUGCAGAACCAAUUUUAUUUUUGUAAACUUAAGUUUACAAUUGUAAUUUAGAAAAUAAAGACACAUGGCAUGGACAAAAUGAUUGGCACCCCGGAGCUAGUGCUUGGUUUCACUGCCCUAGGCCCAGAUAGCUACAAUAAGCAUAGUUGACAGUUAUCAAUGAGCUUGCUGCACCUUCCUACUAGCAAAUUUGCCCACUCUUCAGCAUCAAACUGCUCUAAUUCUUCAAUGUUUGAGGGGUGCCCUCCACCAACUGUUGUUUUCAGCUCUCGCCAUAGGUUAUGGAUGUGAUUCAGAUCUUUUCUUUUCACAGGCCACUCCAGGCCCGGUUUCCCGACAGCGAUGGAACUUAGGCUUACGAGUAUAUUAACGAUGCAUCUUUCCUACAACGGCUGAAGAUGUAACAUGAGUUUCCCAAAACACCACGCAGAGAGAACGCUCACUAUGUGCGUCGUUGAGGCAUGUGACGAUACUGAUAGAAUCAAAAGAAAAGGUAAUGCUGCUCUCGGAUCAGAAUUCUCCAUUCGAAUCUGACCUUAACAUUAGAAUUAUUCCACAAUACUGACAACGGAUCAGCUCUUAGAGAUAUUAUCACCUAAGGCUACAAAUAUUGAGGCGGCAUAUUCUAAUGCUCACCCUAUAAUAAUGCACUAAAUCAAGAUUUGGUACAUCAUGAAAUAUAUUGAGGGAAAAAUUGGACAGUAGGUUACAAAUAGCAAAAUAGAAGUCAAUUAAUUGAACAUGAAAUGUAUUUCAAUAUGAUUGAAAGAGGCCUAUAGGCUACUGUAUUUCUAUUUGAAUGCAGUCAUCUCGGUUGUAAUGUGAAGCAUCUUUGUAUACGUCGAUUGUUUGUAUCAAUUGCAAAGACAUUGGCAACUUUGUAUUUGUAGUCAACGUUGUUCUGAAGUUAUCGGUGGUUACAGAGAGACGGAUAAACCAUGUGAUUCAAGGUUUAGCAGAGAUCCUCUGUAUAACGGGAGGGCAAAAAAAAGCGUCUCACGACAAACCUAGCGGUCCUGCGAGUGGUCUGAGGCAGGUGUUAGAUUACGAGUGUUUUAAAUGCAACGUUAAUAACGAUGGUUUUGUGAAACGGCUCAGAGAUUUUAACGAUGCUCCUAUGAAGGUUCUAACUAUGAACUUAGCCUUAAGAUGCUUUUGGGAAACCGGGCCCUGAGCAGUCCAGCAACUCUUCUUGAACCAUUCCUGGGUACUUUUGAUGUGUGUUUGGGGUCGUUGUCCUUCUAUAAGACCCACAACCUUUAACAGA